AUGGCUAAGACCGCAAUCGCUUACAAAGAGAAGAUGAAGGAGAUCUCAGUUCUCUCACUUAUCUGCUCUUGUCUGUAUCCGGAGACCCGUAAAAACAUCAUGGGCGACUUCGAAGGUAGUUCCUCACACGCAGACAUGGACAUCAAGCCCAUUAACAAGCGAGCCUCAGGCCAGGCCUUUGAGGUGAUCCUGAAGCCGCCGUCCCCCGUGUCCGAUGUGGCCCACUGCGUCACCAGCCCCCCCAAGAGGGACAUUUCCCUGGAGGACAUCCAGAAGAAGCUGGAGGCAGCUGAGGACCGGAGGAGAUCCCAGGAGGCGCACGUACUCCAGGUCCUGGCUGAGAAGCGAGAGCACGAGCGCGACGUGCUGCUCAAGGCCAUGGAGGAGAACAACAACUUCAGCCGCAUGGCCGAGGAGAAGCUCCAGAUGAAGGUGGAGCAGAUGGAGGAGAACCGGAUGGCUUACCUGGCCGCCAUUAUGGAGCGCCUGCAGGAGAAGGAGAAGCACGCUCAGGAGGUGCGCAGGAACAAGGAGUUGAGAGAAGAGCUGACAGCAUGA